CUGACAGGUUUGGUUAGAGAGUUUCGAUGAGUGGUUUCCUAAGAUGGCGGCUUCGCUGCAGUGAUGUGCGGAAUUGGGCACUGAAUUUGUAAAUUAAAAACUGAAACAUUUCCGAGCCAUAUUUAACGAGAAACAUAAGAGAUCAAAUUGAUUCUGAAAUUUUAAAUUUCAAACGUAACGACGAUUGUGCCCAUUCCAUUAAAAACUUGCACACACUGCUAGCAAGCAUCAACUGGGUUUGAAGGAUUUUCACCAUAGAGAUCUAUUAAACUGUAACAACAUGGACAACUAUAAUGGUAGAUCUCCUACUGUGAGAAAAGUAAACAGUCCACAAGUAAAGAAACUGUCAACCCAAUCCUCAGACCCGGCCAUCAUGUCUUUUCAUCAAGGCCCAAACAAUGUCAAUUCCUACAGCCUACAAACAACCAGUACAACUUCUAAUGGUGUACGAGAAACAGGGCUUAUUGAUAAACUUCAGCAUUCCUACGGGUUUAUUAAUUGCUGUGAUAGGGAGGCGAGAUUAUUUUUUCACUUUAGUGAAUAUAACGGUAACUUGGAUACCAUGAAAACUGGUGAUGCAGUUGAAUUCCAGAUGUCCUAUGAUCGUCGAACUGGUAAACCAAUUGCUAUAGCUGUUGUGAAAGUUGAUCAGAGUAUGAUCACCACUGAAACUGUCAAUGGUGAAAAAUGUAACGGAAUCAUUGUACAAGAAGCAAAACCAACAAAAGCCAAAAAUGGAACGGUACAGAAUGGUCAAGAUACAAUGGGACGAGUAACGUAUGAACAUAGUGGAGAAUGUUUCUUCUUGCCAUAUACUGUUGAUGAUAUUUGUGAUGGUUUAAUAAAACUUAAAGCUGGUGAUCAUGUUCAUUUUACCAUAGCAACAGACAAACGAACGGGACAAGUUCGUGCACGUCAACUGGAUUUGGUUGAAUCUCCUACUAACAAGAAACAACAAGGUGUUGUCUGCUCAAUGAAGGAAAGUUUCGGAUUUAUCGAGAGGUCUGAUGUUGUACGAGAAAUAUUCUUCCAUUAUAGCGAGUUUAACGGCAAUAUUAAUGAUCUAAUUCUCGGUGAUGAUGUCGACUUCUGUGUUCAAAAUAGAAAUGGUAAAGAAGUAGCCAUAGAGGUAUCACGUCUACCUGAAGGUACAGUUAUAUUCGAAGAUGUCUCUGUUAAUCGUAUCAAAGGAAAAGUUUUAAAAGAAUUGAAAAAUCCAAAUAAUCGACGUCUAAGUGAUCCCCUAGGUGGCCGACUCAUCUACGAAACUCCUAAAGGAACUAUGGAGGUUCCAUAUGGUGAUAAAGAUCAGGUUGGAGAAUAUACGUUAAUGCAAGGAGAUUGUGUAGAGUUUAACGUUGCCACUGAUAGACGCGAUAAAUUACAACGAGCAACAAAUAUUUCUCUUUUAGAAGAAACAUUUCAAAAAGUUGGUGAACAAAGAGAAACUGGUUUAGUAGCCAGUUUAAAAGAAGGCUAUGGGUUUAUUCAAUGUGUUGAUCGGGAUGUGCGGAUGUUUUUUCACUACAGCGAACUACUAGAUCCUACUCAUGUUAUAAAAGUACAAGAUGACAUGGAAUUUACCGUUAUUCAGGAUCCGUCCUCCCCGAACCGUCAUAUUGCCAUCAGGAUAAAACCACUUAUAAAGGGUUCUGUAUCUCUACUGACUAUACAUCCACAGAAGUAUAUUGGAACUGUUGAAAAGGAACCAAGUACUCAUAAAACACAGAGUAAAAGUAAAGACAGCGAAAAUGGAAGUAUUGUCUAUGAUUACGAUGGUGCAAUACAGAAAAUAUAUUAUUCUUCUAAAGAUGUCCUUGAUGCUAAAAACAGUCCACGAUAUGGUGAUAAGGUUGAAUUUAGUAUUGCUGAACAGAAACGUAAUGGUGUCAAGGUUGCCAUUGAUGUACGAGUUGUACUCCGUAAUAUAACAGGACGAUGUCAAGGUUUUAUCGCUACAUUAAAAGAUAACUAUGGUUUUAUAGAAAAUGCUGAACAUGAUAAGGAAGUCUUUUUUCACUACAGUUCAUAUGAUGGUGAUAUUGUUGAAUUGGAACUCGGUGAUGAAGUAGAGUAUGUUCUGGCUAGAAAAUCAUCAAAAUUAAGUGCUGAAAAUAUCUAUAAGUUAAACAAAGGAACUGUAGCACCAGUUGACAUUCAAAGAGAACUAGGUCAACUGCAGGGGCGUAUUAUUCGACCAAUGAGAAUUGUUAACCCAGAUCAAGAUGAAUAUUCAGGACUUGUACAAGUUGGUGAAGAAUUAAAUGAUGAGGCUGUUUGUUACCCCUAUGGAAUUACAAGUUUGGCUGAUAAACGAGACUUCCUGCAGAAAGGGGACUUAGUUAAAUUCCAAGUAGCUGCUGUUAAAGACUGUGGCAAAUUGCGAGCUGUGAAUAUUGCUGCUUCUAGGAAAUAUAUCCGAGCUACAGUUGAUUCUGUGAAAGGACAGUUCGGAUUUAUUAACUAUGAAGUUGAAGAUGGUAAGAAGUUAUUUUUCCACAUGACUGAAGUCCACGACGGAGCCGGUAUAACACCUGGCAAUGAAGUUGAGUUUGUUGUUGUCCAAAAUCAACGCAAUGGAAAAUAUUCAGCUUGCAGUCUUCGUAAAAUAACUGAAAGUCGUCGACCAGAGCGUCUAAUCAGUCGUUUAAAGAGCAUGUCUGAUGAAUCGGCUCCACGUAUAGUAGUAAUUCGACAACCUAAAGGACCAGAUGACACUUCUAAAGGAUUUUGUUUGCCACGGCAAAUCUGGAAAGCACCUACAUGAAAAAAUCUGCUUUGAAACUUGUGUAUUAAGGCAUCUUUAAAAUUCCUUAAAAAGACAGAAUAAUUGGUCUUUCAUAAUUCUCUUUAAACAUUGCAGUCUUGAUGAGAUGUGAAUCCUUUUUGUCUUUCAAUAAGAAUAAUGAAACUUAAAUGAAUUUUUGUUUAAAAAAAAAAAAAAAUGAAGAAAAAAAAGGAUCUUCAGUCGAUGUCUUUAUCAUCAAAUAUAACUAGUCAUAAAAAUCGUAUAUAUUUGAAAUGAAAUCUUUUUUUUUUUAAUGUUAUAUAUCACAAUGAAAAUGGCUAAUUCUAGGCUAAACUAGAAUGAAAUUUGUCUUUAUUGAAUUAUUUGGUUGGAUAUUUCAUUACUUGAAAAUGAAAUGAAAAAUAAUAUAUUUCAUUUUGCAAAUCAUAUUCAUUAAAAAAAAAAAAAAAAAAAAAAAAUGAGAUAAGUUACUAAACAAAUGAAAAAAUAUUAACCACAAAGGACCAUACUUUUUAUUUUCCAUGUAUGCUUUAAAUUUCAAAAAUAUAUAAAAUUAACCAAAAAAAAAGAAACUCAUUAAAUUGAAAAUGGAAAAUGUCAUGUAUAGUUAAACUCUGUCAUUUACUUUAAAUAUUUUAUUUUUCCUCUACAAAAUGACUAGAUCUUUAAAGUCAAUGUAGUGUUAAGGACUGGAAAAUCAUGCUUCUUGAAUUUGGUCUUGUUUUCUAAAAGACAUUGGUUAAUAUCGUAAAUGUAUUGUUAGUUUGAAAAAAAAUUGAAAUUUCUCCCAAAAAAUCAUCCGCUAAGGGAUUUUUAUGAAAAUAAAUGAAGACCUGGAAACAAAUUAAUUAUUUUAAUUCAAACUUGCAGAUAUCGUAUAACAUGUGAUAAACACAACUGAAGAAAGAAAACGAUUGAGAAUUAAUAACUGUCAGAUAGUUUAGUUGUCUCCCUUUGUAAACCCUUGUUAAAUACUAAACUUGGCGCUGGUAAUUAAUUAGCAUGCGUUUUUGUUUUUUUUUAGAUUUCCAAAUUCAAGAGUUCAUAAUGACUUUGUUACUAGUGUGUUUCAGUGUUUGUCUUUUAUUUAUUUUGAUUUUUUUGGACAUCACGAAAAUACAAAAUUGGUUUUCGAUAUAAUUUGUCGAGAUACCUCAAGUCAAUUAACUUAAAUCUGCAGUCAAUAGUGCUUCCACUUAAUGGACAUUUGUAGAUAAAUUAUUGCAUUAAGGGGGUUAAAUUGUUACUGUAUGUGGACACAUGUUAUCACUAUGGGUUUUGUUAUAAGACAAUAUUUGAACCUUUUGUUAAACUUUUUGUACGCUAUAAUUAUAAAUGUAAGUGAUGACUUGUGUUCACUUAAUUUGUAUAAUUUUUAACAUGUUACCCCUGCUGUCAAAUGUUUUAUAUAUGUAUAAGAUAUGUAUGAAAUAAUUAUUUAAGCCAGUAUAUUUGUCGUUCAACUGAUAUUACAUGUUUCCAUCUUGUGCGAAUAGUAAACUUAUAUUUACAUUUGAUGCAUAAUGUGGUUUUCUACUUUUGGUUUCACCAUCUACUUUUGGUUUAUCAAUUAUAUGUAUUAUGUUAUUAAAGUGCAAUUAUUAUCUCAUCUGUACUGUAUUUUUAAAUGUGUAUUAUACAUAUGUAUUUAUUGAAUGGGGUCUUACCUGUUAAUUAGGUUUACAUGAUUGAACCCAUUAUAUGACUUGUAUAAAUAAGUCCAUAAUGAAGUCAGUUUAUAAAUGAAAUUGACUCGUGUAUAUAAAAUACACAAAUAGAUAAUUGUCAUGUGGAAAGAAUAUUAAAUGAAAUGUACAAGACUUAAUAGCUUUGACACUGCAUAUACACCUUACCUGUUGAAAGGUAAACCAAAUUAAUUAUUCAAAAACCAUUAAGCAAAAAUAUUUUAAGGAUUCAGCUUUUUUAUUGGAUAAGAGUCAAAAUCGGGAUACAACUUUUAGCUAUUGGCCUAUGAUAUAUCUGAAUUCUUAUUAUAAAUUAGCUGAAGUGAAUAAGGUCCUUGAAUUGUAAAUUGUACCCUGUUAAUAGAUUGAUUAGAUAUCGUAAUAAUCUGCCUUAUAUACCAAUAGCCUAACAUCAUACCUGAUUACGUCUUUUAAAAAAAAGAAAAUAAUUAAUCUAAUAACUCAAUGCAGUUAGAAAUUUAAAAGAUUUUUUUUUUGUGUGUGUAUUUGCAUGUCAAUGAAAUGUUUUAUUUAAAAACUGACUCAUAAUUUUGUAGAUCUUACAUUAAGGAUAUAAUUUUAAUGUCCUUAAAAGAGAAGAACAAUUUGAUUGUUUACUUAAGGAUGUUAGAAACAUGGGGUUGUUCUUCUAAGUCAUGUGAUAUUAUUGCUGAGUUAUUCAUGGCUCACAUAGCACAUAUUUUUUUUCGAUGGAAUUGACUAACAAAAUGCUCGUUUAGGGCCUUGAUGUAAAAGACUAAAACUAUGUUAUGUCUAUAUUUAAUGGUUGUCGAUGGUGACACCAGCCAGAUUUUAAUUGCCGCUGAUCAAUAAACUAAAGGAAGUAAUAAA